AGCUGUUCCUUGUCAAAGUCUUGCAAAGUAGCAAAACCAGGUUUUGAAAUUGGAAAACAUUUUUCUUUUGAGGGUGUUGUUGAAGCAGAGGAAUGGGUGGUGAGAGUAAUGAAGGAGAGAUGGGUUUUAAGCAUGGAGAUGAUGAGAGUGGUGGGAUCUCAAGAGUUGGAAUUACAUCAAUGCCCUUGUAUGCAAAGGCAGAUCCUUUCUUCUCUUCUGCAGAUUGGGAUCCAGUUGUCAAUGCUGCUGGUGGCUUCUCAAGCUCUCAUUACCACCCUUCAAUGGCGAUGGAUAAUCCAGGGAUGAGUUGCUUCUCUCAUUACCAACCCGGUUCUGGUUCCGGUUUUGCAGCAGACAUGCCUGCUAGUCUU